UCCAAGCGUGUCCGAGUUUCAAUUAAUCAUCGAAGUUGGAAAUACAAAUCAAAUAAUGAAGAAUAUAUUCAUUAUGUUUAGUGCACUUCUUGUUUUUAUUUCAACUCCAGUUACACCAAGUCUGAGUAAAUCGGAUUAUGGAAAAGAAUUUUUGGCUCUCUCUCAAAUUUUGCAUAAUACUUGCAUUAAAGCAUCAGGAACUACUCAAGAAAUGAUUGAUAAAGUUUCAGCUGGAGAAUUUCUUGACGAGGCAAAAAUCAAAAAAUACGUUUCCUGUGUAUGGCUUGAAUCUACCAUAAUAGGUAAAAACGGUGAGCUGAAUAUCGAAUUGGGGGCAAAAUUGUGUCCACCCAAAGUGAAAUCUUCAUUUCCGAAAGAUGUCGAGGAAUGUUGGGCCAAAUCAGGUAAAGUCACACCUUUAGAGGACAGAAUAUACGAUAUGGUGAAAUGUACUUACCAGAAGAAUCCCAAUAACUUCAUAAUGUUUUAACUAUACUAUGGACCAUACCUACCUAUUGAGGAAUGCGGCUAUAGUUCACGAUAUGUUACAUAAUUAUAUAUUAUAUGCGAUGAUAUAUCUGUAGUCAGGGAUUUUAUACAAUGCCGGAUUGAAAAUGAAUAAGUAAAAUGUCUGAAAACAAAAA